UAGUUCAACAACCUUUUUGAAGAAUGAACUGAGCCUCGGGACUGCUUGUGAGGUUUACCUGUUACGGACUCGUGAGUUCCAAUAGACCUUGUCUGUGAUUUGUCAGAAGGCGGAGAGAGCUAGAAGAGCAUGGUCUAUUCUUGUUCCACUUGUGUGAAAAUUCCCCACGACUACUACUCUCGCUCUCGUGCCCUGCUCCAUGAGACGCAAUAGACACACACAUGAAGUCGUGCGCGCCUCGGGUUAGUGACGAAGACAAUCAGUGCGCGACCUCGGACCGGGGGACUUCCCCCUCCCUGCAAGAUGGCGCCUCUCCCGAAUCUGUAACGGACCUGGAUCUGAGGACAUGUGAGAACUUUCUAGAACCGCUUGACUUACAAUCACGCCGCAAAGCGAAACGUCUGGGACUUCCCGAUGACCCCAAAGAGACUCUCGCUGGGACACCGCCGUGUGAGGGCGAUAGUGGGGAGCAGCCAGCCUCCUCUUUCACUCCGCUGCUGGAGAGACGGAUGCUUUCCCCUUGUGACGUCAGCAGUGCGUCGUCUUUCCUGGAAGCUGCCUGCAUGAACUUUGACCCCGACCGUAUGGAGGAGGGCCAUCUGGAUACUAUAUUGGAGGGCUGCACUUUUCUAUGG